AUGCCGGUUGUCUUAAGAGUCUGGAGUGUUCUUACUACCCGAGUUGCAAUUGUUCGUUUGAUGGAAAUUUUGUUUGGUUGCAUUGCUUUUAGUUUGGGAAUAUACACUGAAGGAACCAACAGAAACCUGUAUGAGAUCUUCUGCAAAGCAACUUGGGGCUCAUUUUUCCUUCUGACUAUCCUGAUUUUCUUUGUUGAGUUUACUCAAUUCCAGACCAUACUGCCAGUAUCAUGGAAAAAUUUGCCCAUUACAGUUGCCUCAUUUGGUGGAUUUAUGAAUGGUGCCGCAGCAAUCAUCUUCCCUCUGUUUGUGAUUAGAAACAUGGAGUGCCUCACACAAAUGAAUAGAAAUCAUUGCAUUGCAAUGAUUGCAGCCACAGCAUUUUCUUGUCUGAACUGUCUUGCCUAUGGAGCUGAAGUGUAUCUAAUUAAAAUGAAGCAAAAUGAACAACAUGGAUACAUGGCAUCCAGCCUGGGCCUCCUGAAGGUGUUUGAAGUGUUUGCCAGCAUUAUUAUUUUUAUUAGUGUAGAUAAAGAAGACACAGGAACAUUCAAAAACAUCCAUUUCUUCUGGUGGUGCAUAGCUGUUUACUGUACCUGUUCUCUGUGGUCAUUUACUGUCAUAGUGAUAGUGAUUGCAGAAUGUACUGGAAAAUGUCCUUUUCCAUUUGGUAGAGUUCUUGCUGCUUUCAGCACUUUUUCUGUUCUCUUGUACAUCUCUGCGAUAGCGUAUUGGACAAAUUUCAUCGAUGACAAGCUGGAACAGAAGUGCUCUACAGCUGAGGACUGCAGGUGGAUGAAAGUUGUGAUUGCGGCUGUAAUGACUGGGUUAAAUCUAAUUGCAUACACUCUUGAUUGUGUUUACUCUCUAAAGAAAAUGUGCUUGAGAGUUGAAACAACAUGA